AUGGAACUGAGAAGGAAAGUAGUUCUGUGUACAAUUGUAUUAAUGUUACAGAAUUUCCUAUCUGAAGGUGAUCCAUGCAAAAAGGAUGCAAAUAUUGGUUCAAGUAAACCCCAGCAGUUGAAUGUCAAAGUUGAUUCCAAAUCUGGUCAGAUGGUUAUAGUUCGACACGACGAUUAUGUAGUGCCCUGUUGCGGAGCAAUCUCCGAGUGGAACGCGUACAUAAAGAACCCAGGAACCAUCAGAUUUCAAGUUUGGCGCGGACUAGGGACAGGUGAAUACACCUUAAUCGGCGAAAACCUGGCUACCUACCAUAAAAAGGAAGAGAAUAAUUUAAUUAAAGUUCCUGUUGAAGACGUCAAGCAAAUUGCAGUGAAAGAAGGUGACUUAAUAGGCUGGUAUAACGAGGACGAGCCAAUGAUCAGCUACAGGAAGGACACUAAAGCCGCCGGUGUUCUAAUAAAAUCUAUCAAGAAACCUGUUAAUGUUGAGGAGUCUGUUGACUUGUCAGCUGUGACGGCAUCAGACCCAAGAAGUUACGCUUUCUCUGCAAAAGUUUCUAAAGGUUUACAACCCAAAUUUAAGAAUCUGCCAAGUAGCAUAACAAUUGUAAGCGAUUUGGCGCCAAAUACAGAAAUAUACCAAUUAGGAUUUGAUGGAAUAGCGGGAACGGAAGUACCAAGAUACUUUGCUGCGUUUCUGGAUGAUUUUUCGGAAUACUUUGCAUAUAACCAGUCGAAGAACUCGGUUUACAUUAAGCAUACACCUCCAAAACAAAAAUACUCUUUAAGUUUCUCUGUUAAAGACCAGUGUGGAAAUACAGACAGUAAAGUAUUGAAGAUUGAAGUAACAACAAAAUUACCAGCCAUAUUAAACCUUCCUUCGGCAGUUUCUGUACGGGAGGACGCACAUAAUCAAGAACUUUUGCUUACAGAAAUUGAAGUGGUACAUACGGGGCCUACUGCAUGUAGCUUGAGAGGUGUUGAACCUCCUGCUGGACGUAAAUAUUUUCUCGUUCGGAAUACAAAUGGUUCUGCACCAGUAGUAAUUCUAAAGGCAACUGCUCAUUUAAGCUAUUCAAAAGACGAUUCUUACGAACUGACAAUAAAAUGUGCGGCAGGGAAAGAUUCAGAUACCAAUAGCUUUUUCGUUAAUGUCGAACCGAACAAAGCUCCAACAUUUAUGAAUUUGCCAGCUACUGUGUCAGUACAUGCUGACAAAGGUAUUAUUGGUGGACUUAUUUUUCAUAUAUUGUAUCAAGACGAAGAAAAUAAUCCGGUUUUCUACAAUGUCACUUGCGACCCAGAACCUUGUCCCUUUGACAUCACACAAGGUGGAAGUGUAAUGGUUACUGAUGAUCUACGUUCGGCAAUUUCCAACAUUUUCUACAUCGAAAUUACGAUUGAAGACCAUUUUAACGUGGCCGGACCCGAGGUACUUACUGUUAAUAUUACAGGACUAAACCGGCCGCCAAUUAUUUACAAUUUACCAAACAGAGCAACUGUGACCUUGCCUGAAAACUCACCACCGGGGACGUCAAUUUUUCAAGUGCAAGCAGUGGACCAAGACGUUAACGAUAACUUGACGUUUUCUUUACGUGCUAAACCAACCAAUAUGAUCCCUCUGUUUUCAAUUGAUAACGUAACAGGAGUUAUACAUGCACUCGUUCCGUUUGAUUACGAAGGCUUAAAGUCGAAAAACAUAAAACUUUAUCCAAGUGUUUUUGAUGGUCAAGACAAAUAUGAGGGAAAUCUUAAAGUAUCAGUUAUAGAUGUGAAUGAACCACCUGUAUUUCAGUAUUCAAAUUACACAAUUUUCACAUCUGAAAACGAACCAGGUAAGACGAUUGUAAAAAAUAGAAUUAAAGCAAAAGACAAUGAUAAAGGAGACGUUAUAGUGUACGGCCUUCACUGUGGAGAAGACACAGAUCUCUUUCAAAUUAACGAACAUAGCGCCGACAUUGAGCAAUCGUAUGAAUUAGAUGUGGACAGACUCGGCGUUCCUGAACACACCAUAUUUUGUAUCGUCACAGCCACCGAUAGUGUAGGACAAAUAUCAAAUGCCACAGUGCGCUUCAUCAUUACCGACGCAGACGAUAAUGCCCCGGAUUUCCUACGGACUAGUUAUCUAUUUAUAGCAACCAGAGACCUUCCAGUGUUUUCUAUUAUUGGCUAUUCAUUUGCAACAGACAUGGAUACGACGCCAGUGAACAGUAAAUUGUUUUAUUACAUCGAAGAAGAAACCGAAGACUUUGUUACAGACGACAACGGAACCAUCCAUCUUACGAGAGAUCUCUCGUAUGUUGAUGUAGGAACGAUGUUUAAAUUUACGAUGAAAGUUGAAGAUAGCAACGGAAUGAAGGACAGCGCUCCAGUAACAGUGGUUGUUCUUGAUGGGGAUUACAAUACGGUUGUGUCAUCUUUGGUUGCUAGGCCGUUGACCUUUUUCGACCUUCCAGAGAAUACAGCUUGGGUUGUAACUGUAAUAUAUUUGUUGGUAGUACUUUUCGGUUUACUUCUGUAUCUGUGUGGACGUUCUGUUCAAUGUAGAAUUGAAAUACAGCCUAGAAUGAAAAGCCCAAUAAGCAGAGAAGACAGCAUUAUGAGAGGGUUCAUACUGAACAAUUUAAUCCGGGCUAAUUCCCGCAAAUCUGGUAUUAUAUCGGUUACACCUGUAGACCAUGCUCCUGUUUCACCUAGGACAACAGAGUACGAGAAAUAUCCAAGAAAGUCAAUGUCAAGGUCACCACUGUCGGAAACUUCAACCACAAAGAGAUCAAUGAUUGCUUCUAUUCAGGAACAAAGUCCAGAUGACAAUACCGAGCGACCAGUUGUGUUUAAACUCUCGAAUGGAUCCAUGGAUUCAGUUACCAUGCAACCAGCUUCUUCAGUACAUAAAGUUAUUUCUCCGGAAGUAUCAGUUAGAAAGCAUUCUACUGUUUCUAAAAUGUCUUCUGUUGAUCUCCCGUCUGUCCAAUCUGGUGUAUCGUUGUCGGAUAUAUAUACAACAGCAAACGGUCACGCACCGACACCUUGGAAACCAUGGGCUAUAUCAGACUUUAAAAAAUCAUUUGGCAAAUCGCAUACUAAUGACUCUAAAUACUGGUCAAAAUUACAAUCUAAAGAAGAUAAAGAUUACAGCGGCAAACGGAAAGCCAGCUUAAAUUUUUGA